CCAGAAGGCGUCUCUGAAAGUAACCUGAUUUCCAGGCAAACACGUCAGAAAAAUGGAAUGAAAAGGUGAUCUUUCCUUCUUUAUUCUCAUAUUCCUCUCUAACCUGGACUUUCUUUCCAUUGGACGUUACAUCCUCAAAAAGCUAACGACCCCCUUCCGCUUCAUGCAAAACCCAACCCAAUUACUUGAACUAAAAGACAAUCAAUCUCAACAUGACCUGGCUUUCCUCCUCCUCCAUAUUUCUGUUUCAAAGGACUUCCUAUUUAUAUUCUCUAUUUACCCAUCAAAUCCAAGUUAAAACGAGGGAAGAGGAGCGAGAAAAAGCCUAGUGAUGGAGAUCUCUUGUUCAUCCAACGAGUACACACCCGAAAUUGUGUUCUUUGAUCUGGAAACUACAGUACCCAACAAAAGCGGGCAACGUUUCUGGGUCUUGGAAUUUGGCGCAAUUGUGGUCAGCCCCCACAAACUAGUCGAGCUCGAGAGCUAUACGACUCUCAUCAGACCCAAAGAUCUAUCGGUGGUCUCGGUGAAACCUAGAAGAUGCGAUGGCAUAACACGUGAAGCCGUGAAGAAUGCACCAUCUUUUGAGGAAGUUGCCGAAAAGAUAUUCAGCAUUUUAAAUGGAAGGGUGUGGGCAGGUCAUAACAUCCAAAGGUUCGACUGUAUUCGCAUCAAAGAGGCUUUUGAUGAUAUCGGCAGGCCAGCGCCAAUACCAGUUGGAAUCAUUGAUUCACUUAGGAUCCUAACUGAGAAGUUUGGGAGAAGAGCUGGCAAUAUGAAGAUGGCAACAUUGGCUUCUUAUUUUGGUCUCGGAGAGCAAAAGCACAGGAGUCUAGAUGACGUUCGCAUGAACUUGGAAGUCCUCAAGCACUGUGCAACUGUAUUGUUUCUGGAAUCAAGUCUUCCAAGCACAUUGCAGAGUAGAUGGUAUGGGACUUCCAAUAUUAUGACGCGAAGCAGAACUAAUGGGAAAUCGCCAUGCAAAGAAGAAACAAGCAGGAAAUCUCAUCCCCCAACUUCUCUGGGAUAUCACAGGGCAGUCCCUUAUGCAAGGGGAAGUUUGCAAAAGAUGACGGAAAGAGUGAAGGGCCUUCUGUGUAAAGCACAAGGGCACCAGUCUCUAAACCAUAUUCUUAAGCAUUCUCAUACAUUGCUAAGGUGAGGCAGAAGAAUCAAGACGGACAUGCCACUUGGAGAAAAGCUGAUUGUUUUCAACUUUAACAAAGUCCCUGUGGGGAAGAGAAGGCCACGCGUUUUUUUCAGUUUGUAGAACAGGAUAUGCAUGCGGAAGAGGGUCGUUCUAUUCUUGAUUCAUCAGUUUCUUUGUUCUCCGCUACAGCAACAAUUCAAGACGUAUCUGUGAAUGGUCAAGACUCCGAAACACUGAAAAGGAAACAGGAGUGGCGGUUCAGAUUCGUCUCCCCAUAUUGCAUUUAUUUCUUAAUUCAGAUUCUUGUACAUAAAUUCAAAAUGACGCGUAUAACAUUAACAUCAAUUCGUCCAAUAAAUAACAAGGUUCCCUGUAUGUUUUCCCACUA